ACAGGUCCGAAGUGACGUCUUCCGGUGGCCCUUAGGAGUAGUGGGUCGCGGCAGCUGACCAUCAUGCACAGCGGUAUCGCGUCCGGCACGCUUCCCGGGCGCCUCCCCUGAGCCUAACCGCGAGUUCAAGCCCUGGCCUGUCUGGCCGCACCAUGAGCCACGGGCCGAGCCCCCGGCUGGCCGAGUCCCCGCAGCUGUCCAAGGGCAGCCUCCUGACCAUCCUGGGCAGUCCGUCGCCCGAGCGCAUGGGGCCGACACUCGACAGCCCGGAGCAGGAGCCGGAGCGGGAGCACGAGCCGGUGCGCGACGUCGGGUCGGAGAGGCCGCAGAGCUGCCAGGAGCUGGAGCUGGUGGAGAACCUGCUGAAGAGCAGGCCAGAGGAGCCCGAGGGCUGCUGGGAGGCACGCAGCAUGGAGGCUGGGGGCCCCCGGGGCAGCUCGGGCCGCCAGGAACGCAGCCGGCUACCCUGGGAGGACACAGCUGCUGCUGAGGAGGACGCCUCCAAGGUGACUGCCCUGCGGCUACGGCUGGACGAAUCCCAGAAGGUGCUGCUCAAGGAGCGAGAGGAUAAACUGGCCCUGAGCAGGAACAUCGAGAAGCUGGAGGGGGAGCUCAGCCAGUGGAAGGUCAAGUACGAGGAGCUGAGCAAGACCAAGCAGGAGAUGCUCAAGCAGCUCAGCAUCCUGAAGGAAGCCCACCAGGACGAGCUGGGCCGCAUGUCCGAAGACCUGGAAGAUGAGCUCGGGGCACGGUCUAGCAUGGACAAGAAGCUGGCUGAGCUGAGGGGCGAGAUGGAGCGGCUGCAGGCCGAGAAUGCAGCCGAGUGGGGCCGCCGUGAGCGGCUGGAGACAGAGAAGCUGGGCCUGGAGCGAGAGAACAAGAAGCUGAGGGCACAGGUCGGGGACCUGGAGGAAGCACUGGCCCGGCGGAGGCGGCAGACGGCCAGUGCACUGGACUGCGACCUGCGGGCCAGUCAGGCCGCGCUCUUCGAGAAGAACAAGGAGCUUGCAGACCUGAAGCAUGUGCAUGGCAAGCUGAAGAAGCAGUUCCAGGAGAAGGUGGCAGAGUUGGCGCAUGCCAGCAGGCGGGUGGAGCAGCACGAGGCAGAGGUGAAGAAGCUGCGGCUGCGUGUGGAAGAGCUCAAAAAGGAGCUGGCCCAAGCUGAGGAUGAGCUGGACGAGGCCCACAACCAGGCACGCAAGCUGCAGCGGUCGCUGGACGAGCAGACGGAGCAGAGUGAGAACUUACAAGUACAGCUGGAGCACCUGCAGUCCAGGCUCCGCAGGCAGCAGCAGAACGCCCCUCUCUUUGGCAAGAUCCGUAGUGCCCGCUUUGGCACUGAAGAGGCUGGAGAUGGAGCUAGCGACCUGGACGAGGACGAAGACCUGCAAAUCCAGGUGGCCUAGAGCCUCUCGGGGCUGGGCAGGACUGGCCCGAAGCCACAGGCCCCCCCAGGGGCCCAGGCUGACCGGCUGCUGGAACUGAUGCAGCUGCUUCCGCUUGCCCUGGGACCAGACCCUGCUCCCUGCAAGGACCACUUCCUCCUUCCCCAUGGCCGAGGCCCUGGGGGUUGGGGGGGAAGCUGAGGCUCUGGGUCCCACGUGCAUGUUAUAAACAUGUGUCCAGGGGUCGUCAGGCCACCCCACCCACCCAGGACUUCAUGCAGGAGCAGGCCGUGUCCAAGGAGGGUUUGCCGUUGUAGGCUUGGAGGUCCGGCAGGGGCUGUUCACAUGCGAUGUGAUGAACCCAGUCUUUGGUAAUAAAUGGAGUUCAGUUUCUCAA